GCUCCGGAUUACCCUCAUCCCCUUCGGCCUCCUCCCUCCUCCUCCUCUCCCUCGUGUAGAUUGAUUUGUUUGUUUGGGUGAUUGAUUGAUUGGGUGGUUGAUCGGCUGGCUUGCCCCCCUGAGAGAUGGUGGUGGUGGUGAUGGUGGGAUGUGCCGCCGCCGCCGUUGGGGCGGUGGCGCCUCUCGGCGGCGUGGCGUCGCCGCUGGGGCCGCGGCGUGGGGGCGCUUUCUCGCUCUCCUCCUCCGCCUCCUCCUGCUCGUCCACGUGCGGCCGUGGCGUCCUGGGAGGGGGGUGGGCGAGGAGUGGCCCGCUGCCGGCCGCUGUUCGGCUCGACCGGUUUCUCUGCGGAUACAUGAGAAGAGAUGGGCAUGAAGAUGGUGAAAGGAAUCAAGGAAGAGAUGACGCUCUUAUGUUUGGGCCAGACGAUGAUAAUGGUUCAAAUAUUCCUACUCAAGUUGAGACUCUUGUUAGGGGUACUGCGACGGUUGCUACUUCAGAGUACAAGUCAAUUCCAGAUCUAGAUUACCUCCAGGAGUUGCUGGCUAUUCAGCAGCAAGGACCACGAGCUAUAGGUUUUUUUGGUACCCGCAACAUGGGGUUUAUGCAUCAACAACUUAUUGAGAUCCUGAGCUAUGCUAUGGUCAUAACAAAAAAUCAUAUAUUCACAUCUGGUGCUUCUGGGACUAAUGCAGCUGUUAUCCGGGGUGCUUUAAGGGCUGAAAAGCCAGAGUUGCUUACUGUAAUUUUGCCGCAAAGUCUAAAGAAGCAACCUCCUGAAAGUCAAGAGCUUUUAUCUAAAGUACAAAAUUUGAUUGAGAAACCUCAGUAUGACCAUCUGCCACUAAUUGAAGCAAGCAGGUUAUGCAACAUGGACAUCAUCUCGAAGGUCCAACAGGUGAUUUGUUUUGCAUUCCAUGACAGCAAGCUACUGAUGGAGACCUGCCAGGAGGCAAAGAAUCUCCGGAAGAUCGUAACGCUAUUCUACUUGGAUUAGCUCCUCAGGGGCAUCGCCCCAAUUUUUGUCCGUAGGCUGGUUGGUGAUAGGAUAUUGGGUUCAGUUAGCUGUGUUCACUCUGAAACUCCGGAAUGACACGGCCCAAUAGGUGCAUCUUCAAAUCGGGAAGGUCAUUUCGACCAUUGUUUUGAAUUUUGUGUAAACCAAAUAAGCUUGUUGAUAUGUCUGGUUCAUCAUUGAAUGGAAUAAUUUAAAGCUUUUACUA